GAUUGCGAAUUUCGCGCAUUUCUCUAGUUACACCUCUCUUGUACAAUGUAAACAGAGAUGCAGGCGGAACGACUUCAGGAGACUGUACGGUCGUCGACAUGGUACAGUCAACCGAAUUGAAAUUGACGAUACCGAAUCAUUAUCACAAUACUUUUCGAUCGAACUGUUUCGAAUUUGAAACGAGUGCCUCUACGAUUCGACGUUAAUCUUUCAAAUGUUUUUCACCUUGAAGAAAUGACUUCGGAGCAAUCUCUAAAUGGAUGUGAAAAGUUUGCGGAAAGCGAAGCGUGGACAAAAGAAUCUCGACGGACUGUACAGCCGAAGUUGUAUUGACUACAGUAUUUUCCUCAAGCAAGUGCAUUUCAGGCAAAACGAAUCGUAUAAGGUGUCUUGUGAGAGAAAAUAUGACUCCGCAUUUACUCGUUUCAACGUAGAUCAAAGGUUUUUUAGGGUAAGAAGGCCGAUUUAGUGAAAUUUUCUACGAAAAUUAAGUACGAUAAACGAGGCAAUUAAAUUCCGUCGACGUCGAGAUCCACACAGCCGUCCUAGGCUAUCUAAUACGGCAUAAUGUCAAAAGCGAAGAAGAAACAAUAUUGUUUGAAAAAUGCACAGUGAAAUUUCGAUUGCCGAAUAGAAUGAUUUGGUGGAUCGUUCCAGUUCGAAGAUUCCGCGAUAGACGGAAAAAUAUGAUGACAUGAAAAUAAUUAAAAUUUUGAAAAACUUUCUGAUAGAGUACUGCCAUUGUCACGUGAUCUAUUCUUUUUAUACGUCAGUUUUCGCGUAGAAUUUCAAAUUGUUCACAAUUUCGUUUCUUCGUUCUUCUUUCUUGGUAAAUCGAUUUAGUGUUGAGUAGAAAUGGGGAAAACGAGAGGAGUGCACGAAACAACGCCAGAAUUAAGAAAUCGUAUGGUGGGUAUGUAUGAGGCUGGUUUAGGUUUACGGGAAAUUGCGGCAGCCGUAAAUUGUUCGCCACGUACCGUAAAGAGAUGGUUAAACAGAUUUGACAAGGAAGGCACAGUAGAAACACGAGAACGGUGUGGACGUAAACGUGCUACAACAGUCGAACAGGAUGAAGCGAUAGUAAAAUUGGCAACGCAAACACCGAUAACAGCUGCAAAAGCUGUUCUCCCUGCUCUAGGGCUCACCUGUUCUGUAGACACCAUAAGGGAAAGGCUACAUAAAGCUGGAAUACAUAACUGGAGCCCAUCACGAAAAUAUAUGCAAAGAAUUCCUCUCGGGGACACAGGUGGUACUGCUAUUCAACAACCUGUGUGGAGACCCACUGGAACACAAUUAGGGAAAAAAAAGUCUUCCAUAGAUUGUAGUAAAAACGAUUCUAGUAAGAACUGUACAGUUAAAAAAAAGAGUUCUCCCCGGAAAAUCAGGGGCAAAGACGUGUAUGUCGAAGAUGUUACACUCCUAGAAAAUAUAAAAGACUCGAACGAACAGCAACAAUUUGUUUUUCCACAAGAAAAUGCUCCUCAACCCCAGGCCAAUGAUAUAAAAGCGUCGUACCAGCCUUUACCACAUAGUCAAACGGAAUAUGGUAAUCCAUUGAGUUUGGUUCAACAGCCACAGCCUGUGUAUCAACAUCCUGGCUUGAAUAUUUCACAAAGUUGGCCAUUAGAUUUAGUACAAGGAACACAUCAUUAUCAGGGUGAACCUGAUGCGAUACCUCACGAGUCAUUGCCGCAGCAACUUCAAGAGUUACGUACCCGACAAGAGCAGCAACACCAUAUGCAACAAGUACAACAUACAAUUCCGGACGAAACGCAUAACUUGGAUCAUCAACAGCAACGACAGCUCGACGUAGUACGACGAGUCCAACAGCAACAAGAACAUCAGGAUCAUUUGCAUACACAAUUAGUACACACGCAAGCUAAUCCGAAUCUGAAUUCUGAUAAUUCUAAUACCUGUGGUUCUCAAGACAGCGAUCAGUCAUCCAGUGGGGAACUUAGCCAGAAGAAACACUCGUUGAGACAUGGUAACGUGAAGAACGAAUCGCACGAAAAGAAAAAGAAAGGCGGAAAAGCGAAAGGAACAUUGGAAACCAGCGUCGAAAUUCGAAAUCGUAUGAUUGGCAUGUCCGAAGCAGGCUUAUCUACGUUGUCUAUCGCGCUUGCAAUCGACAGAUCGGAACGUACUGUCAAGCGAUGGUUAGAACGUUGGCAUAAAGAAGGUAAUGUACAGACGAAGGAAAGAAAGGGUCGACGUCGAAUUACAACCAAAGAACAAGAUGAAGCUAUCGUUGCGAUGGCUACUCAGCAACCUCUGACCGCAGCUAAACACGUUGCACCCGCUCUGGGUUUGAAAUGUAGCGUAGACACAAUCAGAGAGAGGCUUCACAAAGCUGGUAUCCAUAGUUGGAAACUUGGAAAGAAACAGGGAGAAGGAAAUGCUGUUCACACGGUGCACCUGUGGCAACCCAGUGGAAAUCGGCCAAAUAAACCAAAAAUUCCUGGUGAGAGGAAAAAGAAGUCGAGCAAUAAAAAACGCGAUCAAACUUUGUGCAAUACGCAAAAACGAAUACCUACCAAGAAGAGAAAAAUCGAUUGUGCUACGACAAAAAUGGUUGCACCACCGUCAAGUAUGGUACCAGAACAACCAUUAACAUUUCACAACCCAACGACAAUGGCGAACUAUGUUUCAGGUCCUAACAUAUUGCAACCUGUUCACAAUAUUCCUGCAACUGCCCCUACGCUUGUUCAAUCACAACCACCACCACCACCGGGACCUCCUCCAGCCCCUCAAACGAUACAACCAAUGGGUCCUAUGAUGCAGCAAAGACCCGAUUGUCGAUUAGCACCGAGUAUUGUACCACCAGUUUCAGGACAAGGAAAUACGGGAGUCGCGUAUGCGUCCUGCAUGGUCGGAAACGACAAUCACACCGGACACGGUAUGGAACAACCGGAUCCUUUGAACUACGAACCCUACAUAUGGAGUUUUUAAAUACCGAAAAUUCAGAAACGUUAUUAAUGAAGAGACAGCGUUUGGUGAAACUUCAGCAUUCGGAUAUAGGUAAGUAAAAAAUGUUGCUACAAUCGAAAAUGUAGUAGCAUUCGUUGUCUUACUAAAUCUAAUCUCACUCGAUCAAAUUAUUUGAUACAAAGGAAACUCGCGAUUACAGAUGCAUGAUAAUUUUUCAAAAUUUCGUUCUACUCUGAUUAGACGAAACUUGGAGAUGUGAACACGUACGAUAAGGAAACAGCAUAAAGAUCGUAUUAAUAUAUAUUUUCCAUAAAUUCAAAUUACGUUAUACCAACGUGGUUCGACGGAUAAAUCGUUUAUGGAAUGUAGUAUGACUUCAUUUUACCGUUUUGUUGAAUCAAAGCACGACGAUUUAAACAAAUUUAAAUGAAUUUAAGCGAACGUGAAAAAACACGUGGACAUUAUGUACAUACACAGAUAUAAAUAUAUGCAGUCAAGGAUAUAUAUUAUCGAGAAUAAAAAAAAUUAUACGUUUAUUUUGCUAUCAUGUAUUUUGUCUUCGGAUCGUCACCGUUAAAGUAUAUUGUCAAUAGUAACGUGAUAAUUAAAGUGAACAAUGUGAAACCAACAAAUUUUGUAUGAAAUCUCUAUUAAGUUUAUAUUGUAGAAAUCUAAAAUGUGGAAAAUCAUGACUGAAAAAAUAUGCGUAAAUGGCAUUACCAAUACAAAUAUGUGGUUCUAAGUGAUCUGUAAAUUCUGCCACUCUUCUUUUUCGACCAUUGUAUAUAGAAUACAACCAGUGAUAAGUUUUUCUACCCA